AUGCGCGCGCCGGCGAGUGUCGCGUCGGUCGUCCAACGUUGGUCCGAGACGUCGCCGGCGCCCCUCACCGACUAUGCGGCGAGGGCGAAGCCCCUGCACGCCAGCCCUGUCUUCCCUUACGACGAGCAUCUUAACCAACGGCUGGCGAUAUGGCAAGGCGAUAUAUCAACGCUAGAAGUGGAUGCAAUCACUAAUACAACGGACGAAACGCUUACAGAAUGUAACUCAGUCAGUGAGAGGAUAAUGCAGGCAGCGGGCCCGGACCUUAAAGAAGAAAUUAUCACUAGAGGCCUGGAGUGUAGAACGGGCGAGGUUGUUGUAACAAGCGGUUUCAAUCUUUCCUGUCGACACAUCAUACACACGGUCAGCCCUAAAUACGUGGCGAAGUAUCACACAGCCGCGGAGAGCUCGCUGCAUAACUGUUACAAGAACGUGUUACAUCGUGCCCGUGAGCUAGGAGUUCGAUCCUUAGCGUUGUGUACCAUCGCCUCGCCAAGGAAGAACUUCCCGCCAGAUCUGUCCGCACACACCGCGCUACGCACGGUUCGUCGUUAUUUGGAGUUAAACCAAUCCCCGCAACUGGUUAUUCUAUGUUGUACGUCAGAAGCGGGCCCUCUAGUGACGCUAGCGCCGUUAUACUUCCCUCGGGACGUAAGAGAGGAGGAUGCUGCGCGGUGGAGGUUGAAGGACGCGGGCGGACCCGAGGGACAGCCGUGCCACCACGACCGACGGAUAAGGAUCAUACACAACCCGCACUCACACACUGAUAACGCUGAAGAUGAUACCUCAUUGGACGAUGAGACCGCCGCGGAGGCCGCUGCAGCCUUCGCCCGCGCCUGCUCCCCCGACACACAACUAUUACUACCGGCUGCCCUGCCACGCCCGCCGCUCAGAUACGACACCGACCAGUGA